AUGACCAGAAGAGAAACAGUGAUUGCCUAUGUUUUAGAGUUUCUCAACUCAGAUAAGGAUUUGGCAGAUGUGGCCAAAGCGCUUAAGUCGUACGUGAAGAAAAAGCAGCUCGAUUUGCCCUCUGUGGCUGGCGACUUGGCAUCCCUUUUAUCCCUGAGUGAUUUGGACGAUGUCGAAAUGAAGGAUGGCGACUCUUCCAGUGAUUCGGACUCUGGUUCAGAUUCUGCCUCUAGCUCUAGCGACUCUGAAUCUGACUCCGAAUCUACGAGCUCUAGCUCGAGUUCAGACUCCGAGGGCGAUGCUGAUUCUGAAUCCAGCACCAGUUCCGGAUCUGAUGACGAGGAUGAUGAUGAUGAAAAGUCCGUGACUGAGUCGAUUUCAGACACUGAGAUUAAGAAGAGAGAGUCAAAUACAGACAAGAAGGUAAACGGAAAUUCUGAUUCCGAUUCUAGCUCGGACUCUAGCUCUGGUUCGGGCCCUGAUUCGAGCUCAAGCGAAAGUGACUCCGAAUCAAGCUCCUCCAGCUCAAGCUCUGAUUCGAGCUCAAGCGACAGUGACUCCGAAUCAAGCUCCUCCAGCUCAAGCUCUGAUUCUGAUUCGGACUCUUCCAGUGAUUCCGGUUCUGAGUCAUCUAGUAGCAGCUCUGGUAGUGAUUCUGAGUCAGACACUGCUAUGGAUGACAAAAGCGAAGUGACUUCCGAGCAGAAACCAAAGAGUUCCUCCAGCUCUUCGGACUCUAGCUCGGACUCUGAGUCCAACAGUAGCUCCUCGAAUUCAUCUAGCUCCGCAAGCUCAUUAGAUUCGGAUUCCGACUCUAGCUCCAGCUCUGAAUCUGAAGAUGAAGAAAACGUAGAAAACGAGGCUAGCUCUAACUCGGGAGUUCUGAAGAAACGUCCAAGCGAAGUCGAUUCUGAAAGCAAUAAGAAAGCUAAAAGGGAAAUCCCUGCUACCCCUGAGCCAGAGUUGAAAGAGGGUCAGAGAAAGCACUUCUCCAGAAUCGACAGAUCUAAAAUUAAAUUCGAAGACAGUGUUUUGCAGGACAACACAUACAAAGGAGCGGCAGGUACUUGGGGCCAGAUGGCAAACGAGAGGUUGAUGCAAGUUCGAGGGAAGGAUUUCACCAAGAACAAGAACAAGAUGAAGAAGGGUUCCUACAGAGGUGGCUCCAUCACCAUGGCCUCUGGCUCUUAUAAGUUCACCGACUAG